AUGGCUACGGACCCAGGUUCUCUCAGCCUGCUCCUCUCCAAGUACCCCUGGGAGUUGUCCAAUGUCUACCUGGGUGGCACCCCGAGGCUGCGGCUGCUGACGGCGGCGCGCGCCGUGGCGCCGCCCAUUGGGAUGCUCAUCGUGUGCACCAUCCCGGUGGUGCCCAGGGUAAAUCGCAUUUCUGUGGCGACUAGACUGGCCUGCAACGUGCACAACAUGGGUGCAUGCCUCUAUGUGGGAGGUUACAAUCUGGUGGAAGUCAUUACGCUCAAGGUGCUUUGGCCGAAGCUGGAUAUCAACGAACGCCUCCUGCGGGGAGUUUGCGUGCUUGGUGGCCUCGUGUGCACCGUGGGUUUCCUUGGCGUCGGAGCCUUGUACACUCAAGCAGACUAUCUGAACAUCUGCUGCACGGACAAGUACAACCACACGGAGGAUGCUUUCCGUGGAUUUUGGUGGUGCUCUGCCUCAGGACAGGUGUACCAUUUGGACAACAGUACCGAGACUGGAUACAUUCAGCAGCUCUUGGCCCUGGAAAGCUUUGGACCUUUUGUGCUGGUGGACUCGGCCUCGGGCUCUGCGCUGGCCCUCAAGAAGCUGGAGUUCUGGCUCGAGGAGUUUGCGGGAGUCUUCGUCCUCUCCAGCCAUUUGAUCAUUUGGUGGUUUGGGAAGCCACUGGAAAGGCUGUUGCCUUCCUUUUGUGGCCACGCCUUGCGCCUCGAAGCCGGUGCCCCCGCCAUGAAUCCGGCCAUCGCCUUAUCGGUGGCCUCGAUGUCACCCGGGGGCAUGCAGUACGGCAGUGGUUGGAUCAUUGCGGAGCUCUUGGGGGCGCUGCUGGGCACCUACCUCUUCACCUGGCUGCGCGCCGGCGCAGAGGACAGCUGCGAGGAGUUCUUAGAGCUCAUGGCACCGCGCAGACCCGCCCGGCUGCUGGCGGAGUUUCUGGGCACCUUCACCUACGUGCUGACCUAUGGUUUGAACAUCAUUAGUUUUUCGGAGUCGACUGCAUGGUCUUGCUCAGCAGCAUUGAUCAGCAUGAUCUACGCAUUGGGAAAGACGUCAGGUGGCCACUUCAAUCCUGCCGUCACUUUGGCGGUGGUGCUGAGUGGUCGAAGCGUUUGCCCUGUGGCCGAUGGUUUGCUCUAUGCCCUGGUCCAGAUCGCGGCGGGGCUUUCUGCAGGGCUGCUGGUGGCGGUCUACCACAUGAACGGCCCCUUCGCCUUUCUAUCGCUCACUCCGUUGCCCUUUAAGCCUUGGACGGAUUAUGGCGUGGUGACAGUGGGGAUAGCUGAAGGCGUCUUCACCUUCGUACUGGCCUACGCAACCCUGGCAUGUUCCACCGCCAGUGCCGCCAGUGCCGUGCCUACCGUGCCGACGGCCGGAAGACGACAGAACUAUUUCUUCGGCCUGGCAGAGGGCUUCUGCGUCAUGACGGGCGGCUGCGCGGUGGGGUCCAUCACCGGGGGCAUGAUGAACCCGGCCGUGGCCGCUGGGGUGUGGCUCCUGAACCUUGAAGAGUUGGGCUCCAUCAAGGAAGCGGGGAUCUCUUUGGGGACCUGCCUAAAGUUCAGCACCUGGCAGUGCACGGGAGGUUUGAUUGCCGCAGUGGUCUUCCGCAUUACUCAUCCCAGCGAGUAUUGCAAGGCGCCUUUGCUGGUUCGAUGA